ACUAUUUAUAGUACACAACUGUGUCUGUGAGGUGAGUGAAGAGUUGGAAAGUGUUACAAGCUAAUAAUAACAAGACUGACAGGAGGUGCCUUUAAACGUCAAGGACUAGAACUAGGAGAAUAAUGACUGAGUAUAAGCUAGUGGUAGUUGGAGCUGGUGGUGUAGGCAAGAGUGCAUUGACUAUACAGCUAAUUCAGAAUCAUUUUGUUGAUGAGUAUGACCCCACGAUAGAGGACUCCUAUCGCAAGCAAGUGGUCAUUGAUGGAGACACUUGUCUACUGGACAUCCUAGAUACAGCAGGACAGGAGGAAUAUAGUGCUAUGAGAGACCAGUAUAUGAGAACAGGAGAGGGUUUCUUGUGUGUUUUUGCAGUCGAUAAUAUGAAGUCCUUUGAAGAUGUGGAGUCCUACAGAGCACAGAUACGCCGAGUAAAAGACUCAAAUGACGUUCCUAUAAUCUUGGUAGGUAACAAGAUUGAUCUACCCAGACGAGAAGUUGAUCAGAAGAUAGCGCAAGGUUUUGUCAAGAACCACAACAUGGCAGGAUACAUUGAGACUUCAGCCAAAACAAGACAAGGAGUGGACGAUGCUUUCUAUUCUUUAGUACGAGAGAUUAGACGCUAUAAAGACGAGAGGUCUUCUCAGACACCGGCCGAGAAACCAAAGAAGAAGAUGAAGUGCAAUCUUCUGUAAGAGCAUUCACCUCUGUCUCUCUCUCUUUCUCAAUGUUCAGAGCUAUCUUUUAUGAGGUGUUGGUUAAACUGCAUGGGGUACUAUUGAUAAUGUAUUAAAUUUUAAAAAAGAUAAAAAUGUAAAACUGUUAUUAUUAUUAUUAAUUAUGGAUUAUUAUUAUUAUUAUUAUUAUUAUUAUUAUUAUUAUUAUUAUGCAUUAUUAGUCUCAGAAAUUAUUUCUCUCUUUCAAUCCCAUUUGUUUGUAAUAAUUUCUGUAUUCAAUUUCUCUCUUUCCAUUUCUUUUUCUUUUUUCCCUCUUCCUUUAAUGUGUAUGAUCUAUCAUUUUGUUAUUUCUCUCUCUCUCUCUGUUUCUGUUUCUGACUGUCACUGCACAAUUCAUAAUGUAUGUGUGAAUAAGAAAUUUGAACUUAUUGAUAGAGUUUUAAUUCAAGUCUCAUAACUAAUAA